UAUUAUUAGCAGUGACAAGGGCAACUAGUACUGCUACAUAACACUAGAUUAUUUUUCCGAAUAUUGAUUGGAUACCGCAACUCCUAUAUAACAUGGGUCUUCCCUUCCUCUUCCCUCCAAUCCCCCUAGCACCUACAUCUGAGACUAAGGCUGGUACUCCUGGGUUCACGUUAUACACGGAAGCUAUAAACUUAUACCAUUUCCCAGCAGCAAUUCUUUAAAAGUUACAAUGCGAUUCUGGAGUGCCUUUGUCCUACUUACCGCCCUACUCCCCAUCGUCACGGCUCGUUUCCACUAUGGCCUGAUCUCUCAGGGCUAUAACCAGGGCCUAUUGGGAGGGGGUAUUGUCCCUUCGCUCAUAGGUAAACCGAAAUUUGAAAAGGAAUUAACUCUUGCUUAACCAAUGUUUUCACAGCGGCCGACUGCAAUCAAAUGAUACCUUAUGGGCUUGCGCAAAAUAUUUCUCCCUACGCAACACCAAAUGGGAGUCAUUGGACCGCCAACGUCUGUGACAGGACGGU